AUGACCGACACCGGAAGAGUCUACAUCAGGGAAGCCAGGGUCGAGGACUCUCCGGCCCUCUCUCGCAUAUGCUUACUCACGGGUGAUGCGGGACAAUCCGCAGAGCACCUCUACGAGUUCGGAGAGCUCGUCGGCCUAAUGUACGCCGAGCCCUACGUACACCUUCCCGCUGGGUUCGGCUUCGUCAUGGUCGACCCCUCAAAGUCCGACGCGGUCGUCGGGUACGUCCUUGGUACGGCCGACACUCGUCUUUUCGAGCAGCAGGCCUCGGAGUCGUGGUUCCCUGAGGUCCAGAAACGCUACCCCCAUCCUCCGCGACACCCGCAGGACCCGAACCGUCCGCUCAGACCGGCCGAUGAGCGCUACAUCCGCAUCAUCCACAACCCGCCUCGCGCGUCGGACUUGCAGAUCGCGUUCUCCCCCGCGCACCUGCAUAUCGACAUCCUGCCCGAGUAUCAGCGGCAAGGCUGGGGACGCCGGUUGAUGGCACGCGCGAUCGACCACCUGAAGGAGAGGGGAUUGGACCGUUUGUGGCUCGGGUUGGACCCGCGUAACGAAAGCGCGAAGAGAUUCUACCAGAGGCUUGGCUUUGAGGGUCUCGAAGGGGCACCAGACGGCGUUAUGGGAUUGAACUUCUGA